UAUAAUUCAUAUUAAAAAUACGAUUUAUUAUAAUUCAUAAAAACAUGAAAAUAGAAUAAAUUAAUUAAAAAUAUUAAAAAUGUAAUCAACGAAUAACUCAGUCGCUUGUAAACUCUUAAUUAUUUUUCUACUGAUGUAAACUUUGAAGAUGUAUUUUGAAAAUAUACAAAUAAAAAAAACAACAAUAGAAAAACUUUUUCAUAUUCUAGAAAUAUUAAAGGGUACAAAGUCUCCAGUUUAUUCACUUUUUCAUAGUCUAAAAAUAUUAAAGGGUACAAAAUCUCCAAUCCAUCUCUUAGGCUGUUGGUUGGAUUAAAUAAUAAGACUUCUUUUGGGGAUUGUUUAAUUAGUAUAUUUUGUGGAUAAAAUGCUAUAUUUUGCCCCCUUUUGCACAGCAAUUGAUCCUUGUGAACAAACAGUGUCAGUAGCAAACUAUUAUAUAAAAUUAGAUGUAAGUUCAAAUUCCUUCUCAUUUACUACCUGCUCUCUGUUUAGAUUUACAGCAGUAAUAUAUUUAUUUUUUUCUCUAGGCUUUAUUUUCACUGUUUAUUGUGGCCUGAAACCUCUGCAAAAAAAACCACAGUAGCCAUGCCUGUGGCCCUGCAAGAACCAAUUAGAUUGAAAUUUAAGGUAAAAAUUUGUUUUAGUGAAAAGGAUUGUAAAGAAAAGGAAAUAAUAUGAAAGGGAAAGGAAGAGGACGGUAUGGAGCAUUUCUGUCUUUAAAAUAGGGGUAUGCAGUAUUCGGGUUUGAAUUAACCGACCAAAUCAAACUGAAAUUUUUAUUAAGUUUGAUUUUUGGUUAAUUCGGUUCAGUUGUAUGGUUAAUAAAUUUGAAAAUUUUGAUUAAUUCGGUUUUCGGUACGAAAUUUUCAAAUUAACUGAACCGACCAAAUUAACCGAAUUAUAUAUUUAUAUAAUGCUAUUUUAGAAAUUUAAGGUAUUUUUAGUCUUAUUUAUAGGACUUAGAUACCAAUUUGCCUUAUAAAUUUUACAUAAUUAAAAAUUGACGCCAAAGUAAUUUAUUUUUAUUUUUUAAUAAUCAAUAUUAAUGAAAUUUGGUUACUUGAUUAACCGAAAUCACUUACCGAACUAAAUACUUAUUUUGGUUGGUUGGUUGGUAGGAUGACCGAACCGAUCCAUACACACCCUAAUUUGAAAUGCCUUUAGAAAAGGUCCAAGUUCUCUGUUUCUUGUGAACAGACUUAAAUCAUGUUCAUCAAUUUGUUCUAAACAGAAAAUAUUGGACUUUUCUUUAUUUUUUUCCUAAAAUGAAAAAUGAAAAAGAGAAGGUUACAACAGUAAUGGAGAUUCUUCUGUCAGUCGCUCCAUAGGUUUGUGCUGACGUUUUUAUUUUCAGCCUGGUCCCAUAUAUUAUUAAGAUACCAGAAUAACCCAUUAACCAUUUCUUACCUAAAAUACCCCUCUAAAUGUCAACUGUUACUAGUAAAUCAAGAAAAUUAUGGUCCAAAAUUAAUAAAUCCUCCCCAUCAGUUCAAGAAUCACUUUUAGUUGAUGAUCUGAUGAGGACCAUCCUACUGUUGAAAGUAGCUAGAUUUUCAUUGAUGUGUAGCAGUAGCGGUGCACCAUGUUUGACAUUUGUUAGCUUUUGUUUAAACAUGUAAAACUAUCUAGGCAUUAGGCAAAAACACGUCUUCUCUUUGAAAAAUCUCUCUAUUCACAUGCAAAUUUAUGUUUAUGAUAUGGUUGGGUUCUUUUAAAGUUGUUGAUGAUCAAAACAGGCUUAAGAUAAUUUCAAGAAUAGCAGCUAGAAGUUUAAUAAUUUUCUUUCAUGAAAACUUCCCGAGUUUUAUGUUUUGCCAUUCCAUUUAUACUUUUAAAAUGCUUUUAAAGUUUAACCUUUAAAAUUUAAUAUGAUUAUAGAAGAAAUUAUUUUACUGUUUUUUUAUUUUAGUGUCUUUUGUGUGAGUUGGUUUGGGUAUAGUAUUUGUUAAUGAAGGGAAGAGAAUUAUUUCACAGGCAAGAGAGGUAAUCAUAUUUUAAGGCAGAUGAAUUUGUAGUUGAAGGAUAAGGGUAUCAGAGUUGGAGAUUCUUGCCUGUACCCGGGUUCAUAUUGUAUCAUUUUUAGGGCUGUAAAUAAGUUAGCUACUUGAGAUCAACUUAAAAAAUUCGAGUGGAGUCUGAGCUUAAGCUAUUCGAGUUUCGCUCAAAUCGAGCUCGAUUAUAGAUUAAAUAGACUCGGAAGACUCGCGAGUCUAAAUGAACCUCUUACAUGCAUAAAAUAGUAUUUUUUUAUUAUUAUAUUGAGUUUCAUGCAUAUCAUUUAAUUUUUUGAAUCUCAUAUUUUAUAGUAAAAAAAUUAAAACACAUCAAUAUAAUAAUUUUUUUUAUUGAAUUGAAGUAGUUCGGAUAUCGUUCAAGCUCAUACUCGAGCUUGAAAAUUAAAGCAUAUACGAGCUCUAACACACUCAACAUUGAGUUCGAGUUUGGCCUAAUUCAGAUCGACUCGGCUCUUUUACACCCUCUAAUAAGAAUAAUGAAGUUUUUGUUGAUUAAGACAGGGUCUAGAUGAAAAAGAAAAAAAGAAACUCUUACCAUAGCAGUAGUAGAAAUGCCAUUCUAACAGCUCAUUUAAGGCGGGUAAUAGAAGAAGGGUAAUAACAAACAUAAGUAAUUUGCCAAAUUGGGGAAGAAUCCAAAAAAAUUCAAAAACCCUAGACUGUCCUCAGCUGGUAUUUAUAACACCCAUGAGGCCCUUCUUCGGACCAGUACACCAGAUCACCCUCUGCUUCUCUCUGCAUUAUGUACUUUUGUUCCUAAGAAUAUAGCAAAAAAACACCAUGAUUCUACCUUUUUUUCUCUAGUCCUAACCUUAGAGAUAUGAGGGGUAGAUCGUCAUCUAAGCAAGAAGUUAAAGGAAUGGAAAUAGAUAAACUGAAUCAAGAACCUCAUCUGUCUGGUGCUUAUAUCCGUAGUUUAGUUAAGCAGUUAACCUCUUCAAGAACCAAAGAUCCCAUGAAUUCCAAACAAAAUCAUAAUUCUGUUGAUGAUGAUUCUCUUUCUGCUCAAAACUUGGCCAAAUCCGGCGAAGUUUUGAGCGAAAACCAACAAAACCAUCAGCCUCAACCUCAACAACAUAAGAAACAGGUGAGGAGGAGACUCCAUACUAGUCGGCCAUAUCAAGAACGGCUUCUUAAUAUGGCCGAAGCUCGACGAGAGAUUGUUGCUGCUCUUAAGUUUCAUCGGGCUUCUAUGAAACAAGCCAAUGAACACCAACAGCAACUACAAGAUCAGCAGAAUCAGCAGCAAUCUUCACUGGGAGUGCAACUUUCGCCGACUUACGGACAGGACGGGAAGAUAAAAUCGAGAAGGAAUCCAAGAAUAUAUCCAUCAAACACUGGAAAUUUCUCUAAUUAUCUAGACAAUCUUUCUUGUAAUACUUCUUUUUCUCAUCAUGCACCACCUCAUGAAAUUUCUCCAUAUCCUUAUUGUUGGCCUGCUACUGCUAAUUCCCAACUUCUGCCUUCAACUGUCACUGAUAAUCUCAACUUCCCUCUUCCAAAUCAAACCCUUGGCCUAAAUCUAAAUUUUCAAGAUUUUAAUGAUUUAGACACCUCUCUGUACCAUACUAGCAACAACCCAUCAUCAUCAGUCUACUCAUCUCCGUCUCCCUCGUCGUUCUCUUCACUUUCGCCUUCUUUUUCCAUGGCCACGGAUCAUGAUAUUCCCUGUGUAGCAAGUUCCCAAGUAGGGAUAUCGCCUCCCGGAGUCUGCGACUUGAACGAUACUUAUGGUGGACCUGGAGGGUUGCACCAAGUUAUGGACGAUGAAGGGAUGGCGGAGAUCAGAUCAAUAGGGGAACAGCACGAGAUGGAAUGGAAUGAUACUAUGAAUUUGGUGACUUCAGCUUGGUGGUUUAAAUUCUUGAAAACUAUGGAAUCUAGUCCUGAAGUGAAGGCGGAGGAUGAUGGAUAUCAACCGUUUGAUGAGGUGAUGGAAUUCCCUUCGUGGCUGAAUGCAAAUGAAGGAUGUUUGCAGCAACAUUUUGAUGAUUAUUGUUCCCAAGAUUAUUACCACAAUCCUUCCCUGCCUUGCAUGGACAUUGGAGAAAUUGAAGGCAUGGAUGGGGAAUGGCUAGCUUGAGACAAAGAUUGAUUGUUUUUUUGUUAAUCAAAUCUUUGGCCCUUUUUAAUUUUUUUUUUGCUUCAUUAAUCUGUUUUAUUUCCAAAUUCUUAGGGGCAAGUCUUUUAGAAGCUUUUUUUAUCAAAUAAUAAAGCUUUGCAAGGGAUGUUGAAAGAUUCAUCAAGGAUAUAAUAAUGUUUCUAAAGGAGUAUGCUUAUUGAGCUUAA